CCCGCGUGGAUGCUGCGUCUGAGCUCCUCAGCGCGCAGCUCAGCGAGGGGGUCUUUCAUCCCAUCGCAUCUAAAUCCCAAAUAUCGCCUCUUUUGAUUUACACUUUCAAGAAUAACGGCGUAUGUUUCUAUCAUCAGUAAACAAACAAGUUGUGUCUUUUUGGUGCAUGGUGUUCGGCACUGCCAUCCUAACGCGAUGUCUUCAUCAUUCGUAUUUUCCUCUGCGGAACCUGAGCAUAACCAGGCAGCGACUGCACUAUUUUAGGAUCCAAAUUGCCAUCAUCAGUAAAAUACCCGACAGAAAUCAUUUGGCUUAAAGGAUCACACGGCAGCAAGCAAUAGGUGAUUUCUAUCGCCUACGAUUCCUAUAUUUUCUUUAUUUGUCUGGGGCAGAAAUUGGGAAUCUCCUUUUGCCCACCAAACCGCGUCGGUGUCCUUGGAGCAUGGCCUGACAAAUAUCUCUACUUCACCACACUGCAUCUUCUGAAAUCUGACCCCUCUACACACCACGGCACUGUCUUCUCAUCAUUCACCUCUGUUCCUACUUUGUCUCCAUGGAUCGGGAACGCCGUGAUCCCUCGUUCUGUUGACCCUCUGGUGGAGGGGGUAGAGUGGAGCGGGCAGGUUUUAGUUUUUAUUUGCAUUCAAAAAGUGUUUUCCCCUCACUGUACCUGUUUCCUCUUUCAAUGGAGAGUUAGAUGGCAAGUCACUAAUUUGGGAGGGAGAGGGGAGGGGACAAAAUAUCAAGCCACACCAAAAGCAAACCACAUUUUGAACAUAAACUUCAUAAUUUAACCUCUCUCCAUCCCGAGCUACUGAGACAGAGUCUCAGUGAGUUCAGUAGAUCUGGACAGGAAGAUACAAGUGGCGUCAUAAGCUGAAGAGUUGGCAAUGUCAACGACAGCUACCAUAGGCGACAUGGCGAACAGUGGGGUGGAGUUCUAUCCAAAGCGGGGUGGAGGAAUGGAGGCUAACCACUCAGACAAUUUUGGGGUAACUUUGGAGGAGCUCCGGUCUCUGAUGGAGCUGAGAGGAGCAGAAGCCCUGCAGAAGAUUCAGGAAACCUACGGAGACACUGAGGGCCUCUGCCACAGACUCAAGUCUUCCACCACAGAUGGUUUGUCCAAUAAUCCGGUGGACUUGGAGAAAAGAGCUCAGACGUUUGGACAAAACUUCAUUCCCCCAAAGAAAGCCAAGACCUUUUUGCAGCUGGUGUGGGAGGCACUGCAGGAUGUCACCCUCAUCAUCUUGGAGAUAGCAGCCAUCAUCUCUCUUGGCCUGUCCUUCUACCAGCCCCCAGGGGAGGAGAGUGAGGCCUGCGGGAAUGUGUCAUCUGGUGCAGAGGAUGAGGGUGAAGCGGAGGCAGGCUGGAUUGAGGGUGCUGCCAUCUUACUUUCAGUCAUCUGCGUGGUGCUGGUGACAGCCUUCAACGACUGGAGCAAGGAGAAGCAGUUCCGCGGGCUGCAGAGCCGCAUUGAGCAGGAGCAGCGCUUCGCUGUGGUGCGCAGCGGGAAUGUCAUCCAGAUCCCUGUGGCUGACAUGGUGGUGGGCGACAUGGCCCAGGUCAAAUAUGGUGAUCUGCUGCCUACUGAUGGCAUUCUAAUUCAGGGCAAUGAUCUGAAGAUUGAUGAGAGCUCCCUUACUGGAGAGUCAGAUCAUGUACGAAAGUCAGUGGACAAAGACCCUAUGCUUCUCUCUGGCACCCAUGUGAUGGAAGGAUCAGGAAGGAUGUUAGUGACAGCAGUUGGAGUAAACUCUCAGUCUGGAAUCAUUUUCACUCUGCUAGGGGCUGGAGAGGGAGAAGAGGAGAAGAAAGAGAAGAAAGAAGAAAGUAGUUACUCACUUACUACAGAAGCCAAAACGAGCAGCAUCACCAAUGGCAAGCAGCCAGAGGCCACAGUGGAGACCAAUCAAAAUAAAGCCAAGAAGCAGGAUGGAGCAGUUGCCAUGGAAAUGCAACCGCUGAAGAGUGCGGAAGGUGGAGAGGUAGAGGAAAGGGAGAAAAAGAAAGCCAAUGUUCCAAAGAAGGAGAAAUCCGUUCUACAGGGCAAACUUACCAAACUGGCUGUGCAGAUUGGUAAAGCAGGUCUGGUUAUGUCAGCUAUCACAGUGAUUAUUUUGGUGCUCUACUUCGUGAUUGAGACAUUUGUGGUAGAAGGGCGGACCUGGCUCCCCGAGUGCACACCAGUCUAUGUGCAGUACUUUGUCAAGUUCUUCAUCAUUGGAGUUACCGUGUUGGUGGUGGCAGUGCCUGAGGGUCUCCCCCUUGCUGUCACAAUUUCUCUAGCUUACUCAGUGAAGAAAAUGAUGAAGGACAACAACCUGGUGCGCCAUUUGGAUGCAUGUGAGACAAUGGGCAAUGCCACUGCCAUCUGCUCAGACAAGACUGGCACACUGACUACCAACCGCAUGACUGUGGUACAGGCCUAUUUAAAUGACCAGCACUUCCGCGAGAUCCCUGAACCCAGUCAGAUCAACUCCAACACCCUGGAGCUGAUUGUUAAUGCCAUUUCUAUCAACAGCGCCUAUACCUCCAAGAUCAUGCCUCCUGAUGUAGAAGGUGGCCUGCCUAAGCAGGUGGGGAAUAAGACAGAGUGUGGUUUGUUGGGCUUUGUGCUGGACCUGAAGCGAGACUAUGCACCCAUCCGUGAACAGAUCCCAGAGGAGAAGCUCUACAAGGUCUACACCUUUAAUUCUGUCCGUAAGUCCAUGAGCACUGUGGUGCAGCUUCCAGAUGGCAACUUCCGUCUUUACAGCAAAGGAGCCUCUGAAAUCCUCCUGAAAAAGUGUUCAUCCAUUGUAGGAGCAGGGGGUGAAGUGCGAAGCUUCAGGCCAAGGGACCGGGAUGAGAUGGUGAAAAAAGUGAUCGAGCCAAUGGCGUGUGAAGGCCUGCGCACCAUCUGCAUUGCCUAUCGUGAUCUUCCUGGCAAGCCGGAACCGGAGUGGGACAAUGAGGCUGAUAUUGUUACUGACCACACAUGCAUUGGUGUUGUUGGAAUUGAGGAUCCUGUGAGGCCUGAGGUCCCCGAAGCUAUCCGAAAAUGCCAGAGAGCAGGUAUCACUGUGCGCAUGGUCACUGGUGACAAUAUCAACACAGCACGAGCCAUCGCCGCCAAAUGUGGUAUCAUUCAGCCAGGUGAUGACUUCUUGUGUAUAGACGGCAAGGACUUCAAUCGACGAAUCAGGAAUGAGAAAGGAGAGAUUGAGCAGGAGAGGAUUGAUAAGGUCUGGCCCAAACUAAGAGUCCUGGCCCGCUCCUCACCUACUGACAAACACACUCUUGUUAAAGGCAUCAUUGACAGCACUGUGCUGGAGCAGAGGCAGGUGGUGGCAGUAACUGGUGAUGGGACCAAUGAUGGACCGGCUCUUAAGAAAGCUGAUGUCGGCUUUGCCAUGGGCAUAGCUGGAACUGAUGUAGCUAAAGAGGCCUCAGAUAUCAUCCUGACUGAUGAUAAUUUCAGUAGCAUUGUGAAGGCAGUCAUGUGGGGUCGGAAUGUCUAUGACAGCAUCUCAAAAUUCCUGCAGUUUCAGCUAACUGUCAAUGUGGUGGCCGUCAUAGUGGCCUUCACCGGUGCCUGUAUUACACAGGACUCUCCUCUGAAAGCAGUGCAGAUGCUAUGGGUGAACCUGAUUAUGGACACAUUUGCAUCACUUGCCCUGGCCACUGAACCACCCACUGAAGCCUUGCUAUUGAGAAAACCCUAUGGCCGUAACAACCCCCUCAUCUCCCUCACCAUGAUGAAGAACAUCCUGGGGCAUGGCGUCUAUCAGCUUGUUAUCAUCUUCACUCUGCUCUUUGUUGGAGAAAAGAUCUUUAACAUUGACAGCGGGCGCAAUGCUCCACUGCACUCGCCCCCCACUGAGCACUACACAAUCAUCUUUAACACCUUCGUCCUCAUGCAGCUUUUCAAUGAGAUCAAUGCUCGCAAGAUUCAUGGAGAGAGGAAUGUGUUUGAUGGCAUCUUUGGUAACCCUAUAUUCUGCAGCAUCGUGCUGGGCACCUUCGGCGUGCAGAUUAUUAUAGUGCAGUUUGGAGGUAAGCCCUUUAGCUGUGCCCCUCUCAACAUGGAGCAGUGGCUGUGGUGCCUCUUUGUCGGAGUUGGAGAGCUUCUGUGGGGUCAGGUUAUUGCCACAGUGCCCACCAGUCAUCUGAAGUGUCUGAAAGAGGCAGGUACAGGACCAGGCACAGAUGAGAUGACUGAGGAUGAGCUGGCUGAGGAUGAGGAGGAGAUUGACCAUGCUGAAAGAGAGCUACGCAGAGGCCAGAUCCUCUGGUUCAGAGGCCUCAACCGCAUCCAGACUCAGAUGGAGGUAGUGAGUACAUUCAAGAGGAGUGGUUCGUUUCAGGGUGCAGUGAGACGGCGCUCCUCUGUGCUCAGCCAGCUCCAUGACAUGCGGGUGGUGAAAGCGUUCCGUAGCUCCCUCUAUGACGGCAUUGAGAAGCCUGAGUCCAGGAACUCCAUCCACAACUUCAUGGCACAUCCCGAGUUUCUCAUCAAUGACUUCAUGCACAACAUCCCGCUGAUCGACGACACAGAUAUUGACGAUGAGUCGGAGCUGUCCAAGCACAAUCAUCACCAUCUGCACCCGGCCUUCCGCAAGCCACCUCCUCCCCCAGUCCAACGAUCCCGUCCCCCACCACGUCCUUAUCGCCAGUACAGCCUCCCAGCCACCCCUAACCGCAACAACAAUGCUAAUCAGAGCAGCGUGUACCACCUAACCCAACCCACAGAACAUAUCGCACACUGGACCACCCAUUCCCGACAGAUGUGCCCCCUUCUCAGCCUGGAGACUUCACUAUGACUGCCUGCACUCCAGAGUAAGGGCACUUGAUGGACUUUGGAUACAGAGCAGAGACAAGACAACCAUUGCUUCAUUUGCAUAUCCGUGAUAUGAUGGGGAACUCCUGGGGACACUGUAUUGAUCUGCUCAACCCUUAAACAACUCACAAAAGCUACCCAUUUUCUCUGACCACCACUAAUUGCUGUCCCUGAAAAAGUCUCAUAAGUCUGCCUGGUUUUACAGCUUCACACAUGCACUGCCUCCUCUCACUGUACUGAGAGGGGUUCGGUGUAUUGUGCAUCUGUGGUAACUGACACAAGGGUAGGAAGGUGAGCAACACUGAAAUGGUUUAUUUUCAAGUAAAAAAAAACUGCUGAUAUCUUAAAAUGUAAGGAUAGAUAUGAUUCUGAGGGGAGUAGGAUGUCAUGCCAGAUAGGAUGUUUAAAGGUAAAAUCAUAUCUGUGACUUGGCUUUCCAGAGUACAAAGGCAUUACAUGAAGGCAGAGUAUGAGGUCAAAUCACACCACUUUUUAUUAUUAUUAUUAUUAUUAUUAUUAUUAUUAUUAUUAUUAUUACCAUCAUCAUAACUAGUUCUAAAGUCUAUUACCACCAUUAGUGUUCAGAUUGUCAUCACUAUAUUUGAAAAUACAACUUUUAUUACAAUAUAACUAAUGCUUUACGGAGUAGCUUUAACACAUUUAUUUAUUUAUUUAUUUAUCUAUUUAUUUAUUUAUUUAUUUAUUUAUUGUCUGCUCUAAUUUUUUUUAAGUCUCGCUUUGUCUAUUUCUGUGUGUGUGUAUAUGUGUUGUGUCUGUCCUAAAAAAAAAACUAUAAAAAUAAAACUAAAAAAAUAAGUACUAACAAAACAAAGAUACAAUAAAUUUAAAGUUAUGUAUAAUUACAUUUUAAUGCGUCUACAAAUAGCAAAACAAAAUUAAACAUUACUGCCAUUCGUUUUUCCAUUAAUGAAAUUAUAUUCGUGGAAAAUGUAAGCAAAUUUUACUGGCUGCCUAUUGCUAAGUUCAACUAAUAAAUUUUCAUUGGAGGUAAGACUUGUUUAAAUGCAAAGCCAUAUUUUUGGCAUUAAAAAACAUUUACACGCAUUGCUUGAAAUUUGCUACAGGGUAGAAGAUUUGGGCAAAUACCCACAGAAUAUCCACUGAUAGCAGGCUUUGUCAAUUUUUAAUCAUAUCAGUACAGGCCUGAGGAUCACCUCUACGAUCACACUGGCCAUUAUACAGCUUACUCUGGAUGUGGACUUGCCCAGUAUCAGCAUUCCAUUGCAUUUUAGGACUGUUAAUUUUGUUUCCUUUUAAUCAUUGUGCAAACUUCACCAACAAAUGCAUUUACCCUUUAAAGCAUUGUAAAGUACUAUGAUUCACUCAUAACCAAUGCUUUCUGGCCCUUUAAAUUCAUUCAUAGUCAAUUUUGCUUUUUGGUUCAUGUUUUGCUUUAUUUAACAUUGUCCAGUAUUGCUAAAUGUCUGUGAUCAAGUCAAACAUCUGACUGCAGACUGUGGUUUCAGGGUCUGAACCAGAAAAAGAAAUGCUCAUCUUAUACUGCCACAAUUUUCAUCAUGUGCGUAAUGUCAUAGAAAUGAAUGAUGGACAAUCUGUGAGACUGACAUCACUUUUUGCACAUGAUCAGAGCUCACUGGUUUGUUUUAAUGGUUAAAAAUCCCUGUGCUCACCAGUGGACUCUGACAAAAUGCAAACGCACUUUUCUUUGCUAUAGAUUUUUUGGUAUCAGGCAGAAAUGGUAUACCAAAAAAUUCAAAUGCCAUAACAUACCACAACAAGCAUGUUACUAUGAUACAUACAACACUAGAUUUGAGUACAUUCCAUUAAUGUUCCAUUGAUCUGAGUGCCACAGGGUACAAAAUCCUUUUGUACCCUGUAAAAUUCCGGGUUGGCACUACCAAGAUCAUGUUGCUCCUAGUCAAUGCAUUGCAAUGCAAUACAAUCAUCUGGGAAAUAGGACUGGCACUUAUGCAACAGACUGCCCUGUCCACAGCUCUGUGAAAUAAGCUUGAUAACAUGUACAUAGGGCUCUCAGAAAUCCUUUAUCUGUAUAGAAUACUUUUCUAGAGUGCUCAGUUGUCAGCAACUGGCAAAAUGAAAGUGUACAAUGCAAGCAUGAACGUUGAUGGAUCAUGUUGUUGCAUUGUUCAGUGGUGUCUGUGCAGAGCAUGUGUUUAUCAUAGCACACCUUGCCAUUAUUGUUAUAACUUCACAUUUGUCUGUUGAUGAUCCAUUUUCAAUAGUCAAUUUUACACUGUCUCUUUAGCGCUAGGUGGACAUCCAUUUCUCCUAAUGGUCAUUGAUGUGAUGUUGACUGCAAAUGUUUUUCUCCAGUUCCUCUGCCCUUUUUCUUCUAUAUCUACAGAACAGAGCCUUGGACUGGAAUGAUGGAACUUACUACAAAUUACAUGUCAUUGAAUACACUGAAUAAAAUGUGUAGCCUAGCCACUUGUGAUCCAGAUUCUGGAGCUGAUUGGCUUUCAGAUAUGUCAGCAUAGUCAGGAGGACUAUUAGAACAUGGCAAAGUUUGAAUUCUCCACCCAUUUUAAUUACUUCAGAGGUAAAUAUUUUAUCCCUUUCCAUAGGUGUUCAAACCAUUGGAAGGGUCCGUGUUACAAACAGUCCCAGUGGAGUCUCAUGAAUUGAGAGCGCUGGUAGGUUUUAAGGAAGCAUGGACCCAUUUCAAUGCACUGACAGUCAGCUCACUAAAUCGAUGGCCAUUGAAGGCAGAAAUGAUCACUAAACUUGCUUAACUCAUGAUUAUGAUGUAUUCUUUGCCUAAUCUUAUAUAAUCAUAAACAGAGCUUAACUGCAUCAAAAUAUUCUUAAAAGCUAUAAUUGUCUUUGAAGGGUGUCACUUCUAAAUAUCUUAAAUUGUAGCCCCAAUUUCAUUCCACUGAAGGGUGAUUUAUAUUAGAUCAGAAUUAAAAUUUCCCUCCUCUCCAAGUCAGUUAUCUGCAGAUGAAAAUUCAAAAAGUGUUGAAGGAAUAUUUAAAGGAAAUCUAAAACUCCAUUGUCUGCCUUUUUCCAUUUUGUUGUAGGAAGUUCACUAAAGGUAAGGUGAAAAAAUGUGAAAAGCAUAUAUAUUAAUUAUAAAAAGUAUAAAAUAUUGUACAACUACACCAAUGCUGUACAUUUUUUGCCAAAAAGUGCACGUGCAUCUUUUGUUUACAACUUAAGCACAUUUUUUCCUUAUAUUAUUUGUCUCUUCCCCUGUUUAUUUUCUUUUUUUUGCUUUUUUUGCUUUUUUGUAAAAUAUUGAAAUUAAACAUCUUGUACAUUAUUAUGAUUAUUAUUAUGAUUAUAUAACUAUUAUUGUUUUCCAGCAGUGCUCUUUUAACUGAUGGAAAAAAACAGACAGUUGCACAUUCUCCUGAGCAUACAAUUACUGCGCUACAAUGAACAUAAAAAGACAAAAAAAAGAAGAGUAAAAAAAUCCAGACUAUUAAAUAUAUUAAUAAUUACCUGCCUGUUACUUAAGAGAUAAAGUAUCUAUAUAUGAUGAAAGAACACACCUGUAUACUGUAGACUAAACUGUAUGGAAAUCUAAGAAUUUACUGGGAAAAUAAGUCAACACUUUUUGUCUGUAUAAAAAAAAAAAAGUAUUGUACAAUAAUAACUUUGACCAGUGUCUGUGGCUGUGUUUCAUUG